AUUUUUUACCUUAACUUUAUCUUAUCCUUGUCAGGAAACGUGCACGCCAUCUCCAAUCUUCUUCUUCAUUCUUGUUCUUCUUCUUCUUCUUUAUCCUUGACGUCAUUAUCAAAAUUCGAAUCUUAUUUCUUAUAUUCAUUUCAUCUUCAACGAGAAACAAAUAUAGCACAGACGUUAAAGUUGAUCCCCCACCCAAUGUUGGAAGCAGCCCCAUCUGCGGUGAAUGAUAUGGUCCAUGGCCUUCACCUACAACGUGAGAAGACGAUGCUCGUCUACAGCGGCGGCGAGCUUAUGAGCGGCGGCAACUGGCAGCGGUGCGGAUCGGCAGACUAUGCUCAUCUAUUGUGGUGCGGUGCACGACCCACAAACCUCGGAGUGGUGGCUGACCAGAGACGACACCUCAAAUAUGUGGCUCGUGUAACGGCGACGAGUCUAAGGCCUUCACCUACGGUGUCUUGGAAGCCUCAUAUUUCCACGAAAGGAGUUCCCCGCCAUGCGGUCGCCAAUCAGAUGCACGACAUCUUGGUAAGUCAGCGACUGUGGUGUAUUGUUGCAUCUUUUGGGGCAUUUCAUUUGGAGAUGUGCUCUUCUUCCACCUCCAUAAGGGUAAUCGAAAGCUUGUGCAAAUAAUAAUAAUAAUAAUAAAUCAAUUAUGGAAGAAGAGAAAGUCCAUUGGAUCUAAAAAGCGGCGCGCUAAGGGUCGUCAUAGAACGGUUAGCUACAACCCGGACACCACCCACGACUUUUAAGUCCGAACCCAAUGAUAUUCCACAAAAAGUUAUUAGGGGCGACUUAAGAAGAAGGUUCCAUUUUUUGACAAUAAGAGACGGGGAUUAGGAAAUUGAUAUGAGACAACAAAAGAGCAAUUUGUUAUUUUUUGGUUCAUUGUUGUGUAUGUUUAUUUAGAUAUUUCUUAUGGUUUUAUGUAUAUUAAUGGUUUUUGUUUCGUUAUUUGCAGUCUCUGUCGUGUUUUAUAUUUUAGUUGUUGAGUAUUUUUGUUAAAGAAUUUUUAUUUGUAUAAG